GUGGGGGCCCCCGUCCAGAAAGGACACUGUACUAACCUCCAGCACCGACCCAGGUAACAGUGAGGCAGGAUACAGGGAAGAACCUUGAGGCUCUAAGAGGAGGAGGCUUCAGACAGUCCCAAGCUGCGAAGACCCACCACUACCACAGAAGAAAAGGCGAGGGAGAGGAGGGGGAGAACUUGGAAUUACCAUGGCGAAAGAUUUUGAUGAAAUUCUGGAGACUGUAGGGUCCUACGGUUACUACCAGAAGUGGCUAGUAUAUGUUCUCCUUAUACCAGCAACCUUCUUUAGUGCAUUUACAAUGAACCUAAUGUUGUUCCAAGUGGUGGUGCCGGAUCACUGGUGUUACGUCCCAGGACGAGAGAACACUACACUCUCCCCCGAGGAGUGGAGGGCCCUCACAUUGCCCAGAGCCAUCGAGUCCGAGAAGUAUUCAAGCUGUUUGAUGUACAAAGGGGAGUGGAGUGAGGACGACGGGGCGAACUACACCGUCACCAACGAGACACAAGAGUGUAUCAGUGGGUGGCAGCACGACCCAUCACAGUUCACCAAAACUUUGUCUACUGAAUUGGAGUGGGUGUGUGAGCGGGAGAUAUACUCCCAACACGUCCUCUCCUUCACGAUGGCUGGCAACACUGUGGGCACAUUCCUCCUCCCGAUCCUUGCUGACAGAUAUUUGGGGCGACACUCCGUCUUCUUCUUGACUCUGGCCAUCCACAUCGUCUUCACAUUAUCAUAUUGCUGGGUUUCAAACAUUGGCCUUCACCUCACACUCCGCUUCUUCCAAGGACUCAGCUUCGAGAGUAACUACCUAAUGCCUUACACCAUCGUGUUGGAGGUGGUCCCGCCAGACCAUCGUGCACUGGUCAUCAUGCUGUUAUUUAUCUCAUGGACGUUUGGGAUGUGCUUCACCGCAUUGGUGGCUUGGCUCAUCCCUAACUGGCAGUAUCUAGCUCUCAUUACCUGCCUCCCUUCACUUCUCGGCUUUUCGUUCUGGAGGUACUUACCGGAGUCGCCACGGUGGCUGUUAUCUAAAGGUCGGCUGGGACAAUGUGUGGACAUUCUCCUCCAGAUGGCGCGGGAGAAUGGCAAGGAGGAAACGUCACGAACUCACCUGGAGACGGGGCGCCUUAUUGAGGGCCUGUGGAAGGGUCCCUUUGGGUCUUAG